AGCCCAUAAGUAUUCGAUAAGUAGUUUUAACAAUAAAUAAAAAAAAAUGCAAAUCUAAUUUUCGGGUUUUGGUCACUUCCUUUGAUGGUAAUGCUGAUAAGAAGUUUAAUCAGAUUUUUAUCAGAAGCGCUGACUGUGUAAACGGGGUACCUUCACCUUCCGUUGCCAUACUUUGCUGGUAGUUCAUAAGUGAAACGAGCAUUAAAUUCACAAUUAUUACAAACACGCUAUGUUUCCAAUCGACCCAUGGAUUGUAGCGGCUGUGGCUGGAGUUUUGAUAGCCAUCUACCUGCACAUCGCACAGAAUUACAAGUUUUUCGAACAACGUGGAAUACCGUUCGUGAAGCCGACGUUUCUGUUUGGAAACACCGCACCCGUAUUAUUCAAAAGAGUUGACUUCCUGAAACAUGUGACGAAUAUGUAUAACGAGUAUCCGGAAUCUAAGAUUGUAGGUAUAUUUGAUUUCAUCAAACCGGUGAUGAUGAUCCGAAAUGUAGAUGCCGUCAAACAAAUCGGAGUUAAGGAUUUCGAUCACUUCAGUGACCACACACCGAUUUUCACUAGUCCGGAUGUAGAGGAUGUCGGAGGAGAAAGUCUCUUCGGAAACUCGCUAUUUGCGUUGCGUGGUCAAAAAUGGCGCGAUAUGCGAGCCACACUUAGUCCAGCGUUCACUGGGAUGAAAAUGCGACACAUGUUUGAGCUGGUGUCCAAAUGUGCGGAGUCGACAUCUGAGUUCUUUCUGUCUGAAGCAAAGACUGGCAAGAAGCUCGAGUAUGAAAUGAAGGAAAUCUUUUCCAGGUUUUGCAACGACGUAAUCGCUUCGGUGGCUUUCGGCAUCCAAGUUGAUUCGUUUCGUGAUCGGGAAAAUAACUUUUAUGUCAAUGGUAAAGAGCUUCUCAACUUUAGGUCGAUCAAAACUGUUUUGAGGAUUCUAUUGUUCCGAGUAGUUCCCGCGAUUCCGAAAAUGUUUAAAAUGGAUAUAGCGAGUUCCAAAUUAACGGCAUAUUUCCGAGAUAUGAUAAUAGAAAACAUAAAACAUCGAGAUGAUCAUGGAAUCGUACGAAAUGACAUGAUACAAAUGCUGAUGCAGGUCCGUAAGGGCACUCUGAAACACCAGGUAUUAGAAGAAAAAGAUACCAAAGAUGCCGGAUUUGCAACUGUCGAAGAAUCGAGUAUUGGAAGAUCACUUCAUAAUCGCAAAUGGACUGACAAUGAACUAGUUUCACAAUGUUUCUUGUUUUUCUUAGCAGGAUUUGAUAGUAUAUCUACUGUUUUGACGUUCGCUUGCUAUGAACUAUUGGUUAAUUCAGAUGUUCAACAGAAAUUGUACGAGGAAAUUGUGGCUACUGAUGAAUCACUCGGAGGAAAAGAUCUUACUUAUGAUGUUCUUCAGAAGAUGCAAUACAUGGACAUGGUAGUAUCAGAAACGCUUCGAAUGUGGCCACCUGCUCCGUUUACUGAUAGGUUUUGUGUAAAGAACUAUGUAUACGACGACGGCACAGGAACCCGAAUUAAAAUGGACAAAGGGCAGACUCUAUGGUUUCCAAUCACUGCCUUUCAUCACGAUUCAAAGUAUUUUCCAAAUCCAUACAAAUUUGAUCCGGACCGUUUCAGUGAGGAAAAUCGGGAUCAAAUCAUUCCUAACACCUAUCUACCGUUCGGGAUUGGGCCACGGAACUGCAUCGGAUCGAGAUUCGCUUUGAUGGAGGUGAAAGCAGUUUUAUACAGUUUGCUGAGAAAAUUUACUUUCGAACGCACUGAGAAGUCGAAAAUACCAGUUCGGCUGUCUGAGAGUAUAAUUGUUAUGCAAACUAAGGAUGGUGUUUGGCUUGAGUUAAAACCUAGAGGGUGAACAAUUAUAGUAGCGUACUUUAAACGGCUUUGUUACACAUAAAUGUCGUAAAUUAUAACGCUCGUAUAAUUUUUUUUAACGAAAAAUAGUACAUUUUACGUAAAAACUAAGAAAUACAGUACAUGGACAUUGAAAAAACAGUACAUUUUCAGUAUGCAAUUUAUCUAACAAGAGUGAAUAAAAAUACAAGCAAGUAAUUAUCAGAUAACUUAAUCUCAAUAGAUUCUUAUUGCCAUUUUUGAAGGCAUUUUUAGUUCAACGAAAACUAAAAAAAUGCACGAAUUUAUCAUGAAAUAUUCCUGCACAAAACUUUACAUUGUUUUGCUUGAGAAACGGAUAUUUUUGAUAAUGAUUUUGAUUUAGUUUAUUGCUUCUUUUUGAUGGAAACAUGUUUCCUUUUUAUAAAUAAACAAAUCUAUUUGUUGUUUAUUAUCUAUAUCGGUACGUGUACUGUUCUUGCUGAUGGCUAAUCGAAAUUCGAAGAGUUAAAGAUUUAAAAUUCAGUACAUGAUGUGAAAAAUAUAGUACAAUGGAAAAUACAGUACAAAUUAAAAUUCAGUACAUUUGAGGGUAAAAAACAGUACGCAGUAUUUGGGUCGAAAAUACAGUACAAUAAAAUAUGAAA